AAAAAAGUUUCUUCCUAUCACGCAACACCCCGUUCUUCCUCGCCUGUCGCAACCAUGACCACUCCUCAAUUCUGGUCGACGCCUCUCCGGUACCUCCGCUGGGCCUCUCACGAAAAGCCCGCUAUCUUCUAUGCCAUCAUCACGGGCGCCAUGGGCCCGAUCGCCCUGGUGACUCUGCCUCCGAUCAGACACUACUUCGGCGACGUUGACCCGGCACCUAUCCCCCUGACAUAUCCCAUUCCCCAGGGACGCCGGGUGAUCCCGCAAGGCUACGACGACGAGUAAACCGCUUCCUGGGAAAUUUAAAGACAAUUCAAGAACCAUUCAGGUCGAAUACCUACAAGCUGCAAUAUGUGAUGCGGAGGGCCGAUUCGGUCCACCGGAUAUUGGCGCCUUCAAAUCAACCUGUCUCCCCAGGGGCGUCUCUAUACCUAUACGUCUGUUGAGAUUCAUUCGGAUGGCACCAGUCGUGCAGUGUAUUGCGUAUGGAAGCGGAGAAUGCUAGCUCAAUUUGUUCAUGCUAUCUGCAGUACAGACGAUUCUUGCGAAAUACAUGGGUAAAGUUUGAAUGGAAGCGGCACUACUCCAGCGGGCUUUUCUCCAGUGAAAUUCAGGUCAUGAAGUGAAAUG